AUGAACUUAUCAUUCCUACUGCUUCACCUAUUUGUCCUUCUAUUUCUACUGGCUAUCCCAUCUAAUUCCUUUGAUUUGGUCCUUAAUGACAAAGAAAUCGAAAAUCCAAUUCAAUACGUGAAAUCAUCAUUCAAGCAUUAUGUUCCUACUCCUGAAUUACAAGAAACUUUAGAGAUUCCAGUCAAUGCACAUCAACAAUCAAUUAGAGAAUCGUUUAUACCUGCCAGACCAGCAAAAGAUAAAAAAAGAGUUCGACUUAUGAAACAUUUCAGAAAUGAAAUUAAGCCAAUGUCAAUUAAACAAGGUGAAAAAGGAACCCCAGAAGAAAAGGAGGAUGAACGAUUUGACAAGAGCGAUCAUUCUGAGGAAGAAACUGACAAUGAAGAAAGUUCCACCGAUUCAUCCUUACCUCCAACCAGCUCAGAUUCUCCAAAGGUUCAUUCUAAAAAGUCAUGGAUUAAAGAAUUCCUUUUAUUCCAACAAAGUCAUCAAAAAGUAAAUGCUUUGAAUAUAGAAGAAAAGGCAGAACAUCCAAAAUUAAGAACAACUAUCAAGAGUUAUGAAGAUACUGCAAGUGAUCCAAAUGAUUUAAAAAGAUGGAUACAACUAAUUGCUCAAGAUGAACCACAAGUUACGAACAAUGGUAUUACCAAAAAGUACAGUAAUCGGAAUGCAAAUAUUAAUAAUAACAAUAAUGAAAUUGAGAUUGAUAUUGAAGAAUUUAUAAAAUAUUUGGUAAAUGAACAGGGAUUCAAUCCGAAAGAUUUACAAUUCUUAAAGAUGAAAAAUCUUGAUUAUGGAUUAGGAGAAAUUGAACAAGAAUUGAAUAAAUUGAAAGAUGCAAAACGUUCUCCUAAAGUUAUUAAAAUCGGAGGAGAAGAAGAAAAUAAGGCUUGGAGUAUUCCUAUACCCUGUUCGUAUUUUGCAAUCUUUAUUAUAAUUGUUGUUUUUGGAUAA